CCUUUCUCAGCUCCUCUGGGAAAUCCAUUGGUUUUCCACACAGUAAGUGGCGCUCUCUAGCCCUUUUCAGGCUCUAUACUCUGCUGAGAGCCCAAGAAAUUCGCCCUCGCCCCAGAACAAAAGCCACCCAACUUCCCCCGUGUUUGGGGACUGUUUGGGCGCGUCCCUUAGCGUAUCCUGGGAAUGCGUCCACGUUGUCAUGGCGACGCUCUGAGUAGGUUCCUGCACGCCGCCGAAUCCCGCCCCGGAACUAUCAUCUGCAGGGAAAUGACCUUUGACUCUAGAAGGACAACUCCAGUUUUCACAAGAAGAUGGCAGUCAUGAAACCGGCCAUGCAGGAACUAAAGAAUUCAGAAGAGCCCAUUGAAAAAGUGUCACCCGUCCUCUUGAAGAGCCUGGUGGAGGAGCCCAAGAAAAGAGCAGAAGUGCCUAACCAUCUCCUGGAGUCCAAGGUUUAUGCCAAGCUUCUGAACAAUAAGGCCAUCCAGGCCAGACCAGGCAUAGUCCAUUUUGGAGGCUAUGAGAUAGAGAAGCAGCACCAACAGAUCCUGUACAUUGCCAAUAUUUCCGACGAAGACACACACCUCCAUAUCUUACCACCGCAGACCAAAUACUUCAGGAUCGCGUAUGAGAAGAAGGAGCAUCGCCUCAUCCCGGGCUUGUCGCUCAUGGUCACUGUUACGUUUUCUCCCGACGAGUGGCGUUACUAUUAUGACUGCAUCCGCAUUCACUGUAAGGGAGAUGACACCUUGCUUGUUCCUAUUCAUGCCUACCCUGUCUUGAAUAACCUGGACUUCCCCACGUUUAUAAAUCUAUCAGAUGUCCUCCUUGGAGAGAGCAAAAGUUGUGUGAUCCCCUUGCAGUGCAGCUGCCCCGUGGAUUUCGAGUUCCAUAUCACUUUGCUGCGGAAUCAUCAGGCCUUUACAAUUGAGCCAAAGUCAGGAAUAAUUCCAGCUAAUGGGAAGGCGAAGGUAACUGUGAAGUUCACGCCCAUCCAGUACGGGAUGGCGCAAAUAAGAAUUCAGCUGUGGAUCUCGCAGUUCAACUCCCAGCCGUACGAGUGUGUCUUCACUGGAAGCUGCCACCCCAACAUGGCCUUACCAUUAGAAGAGUUCAAAAGAUUGAAUACUCGUUCUAAGAAAGUAAAUGUUCCUCUAGAAAAAGCAGCGUAUAUACAAUUUUACCCAACUCACACAAAGGCAAGACCUCAGAAGAUGAAGGAGAUCGAAUACGAAGACCUGCGGUUUCCAGCAGAUCUGUCGAAUCCAUUCGCCGUGGCCACUGUCCUCAACCAGGAAGCGGGAAGGUUGAAGAUUAAGGAAUUAAAACAAGUCCUGGACCAGGGCGAUGAAAUCUCCAAAACCAGACAGAUGAAGGAGGCACUCUUCGAACAGAAAGUCAGACAGAACGUCCUGGAGGAGAGCGAGAACCAUCUUAAGUGGCAGGUGCACCUUGGCAAAGAUCACACAUCUUUUAAGUAUAGAAAGGAGCACUGUGAGGAGCAGCAGAAAGCACUUGAGAAGUACAAGCAAACCCGGGGCGACCCUGUGUUAGAGGAAGAGCUUCAACGACUCCAGACUGAACGGAUCAACAAGCGGAUCGUCCGUGACCUGGAGGAUAAAGUCCAGGAAUUCCAUCCUAAUUUUGAUCCACUGGUUAAUAACAUGUGGCUCACCAGAUUCCGGGCACAAAGACGGUUCCAGCAAGUAGCACGCAAGGUCAUGCGUGAACUACGGUUGCUCCCUAUGCUGACGGCUGUCAAUGAAAUGGACAAAGAAGACAUGAUGAGAAAGAUUGUCAAAGUCAAGGGAACACUGAUACAAGGUGAGAAUCCCUACCGAUCCCUGAGGGCCCUAAUGAGUCAGGAUGAGUACCCCUGGCGCUACUCUCUACACCCUGAGGAUGUGCUGUCCUUUGCCUUCCCGUCGGACUCCCAGAGCUACAACGAGCUGGCUAUUGAUAGCCUUGGACCAGUCCCAAUUAAAAAUUCAGAUGUUCAAAUCAAGCACAAUUAUCCCUACUUCAAUUUAAAGGUUCCUCAGAUAUACAAAGUCAAGGGAUAUGGACCAUUUUCUGUCAACAAGUCCUCAACAAAUUACAGACUUCAGAAACUUGCUCGACCUCUGAAACAAGGUGCUGAGGAUGAAGUCACCACCAUCAUCGCUCUGCCCAAGCAGGACACCACACCGCUCUCAGCCAAGCCUUCCAUCUUGAGUAUGAAGGCUCCGGAGGGCUUAGCCAUGUCUGUGGAAUAUGACCCACUGUAUAUUUUCAAUCCCAACCCAGGAAUGUUUUCCGUGAAGCAUCCUCUGACCUAUGCGGAAACGCUGAUAGAUUACCAUCUGUGCUCUCACCCCAAGUACAAGUUCACCCAUGAGUCCCACAGAGGGUCCAGCAUUCCUCUCACCCAAAAGCAGUUUCUCCAUCAUACGGAUAUAAUUCCUGGAAUCAUGAACUGGAAGAGGUUCCAGCCCCUGGUGUUCUCUUCCUUUUCUGACUAUUCGAGGACUGAAAACACUCAGAACAACAGAAUCUUGGCCUGCCUGUUCUCAACUAGCUUUCUCCUGGGACACAGUUCAGGACCUGCUGCCUGUGGAAUGGUGCACGCCCAGGACGGGCUGACAAACCUCGUUCAGUAGCUGGGACAUAACUCAGGAGUGAAGUUCUUGCCGCGCACCUUGCUCCUACGGUGGGGGGAAAAUGGCACAUGAGAUCGUAAAAAUAGACUCCGCUGGGCCUGGGUUGUGCUCAGACUCCGGUGCACCCACUUUCAAUACGCAUGGACUCCAAGUGUUAAAAAUUAGCCAAUUCAUUUUUCCAAAGCAAUGUCCUUGGAAACAUCUCCCAGGGCUGUUUUUUUAGUGGGUCAGGAGCGCGUUGUCUUGGCCCCGAAUAGCCAUGCAUUAAACACAAAGGCUAUAUCAAUGAAAACCUCCCGCCAUGGCUUUUUGCCUUCAGUUUCUGUGCCUCCCUGCUCUGUCGGGCCAGUUUGUUCCAAUGUAAACAGCCACUGCCUAACAGCUCAAAACUCAGGAGCAGGGCCUGAGCGGGGUGCACCAGUGGGGUACAGGUAUAACUACACAAAGCCUUGGGCUCCGUCCCCAGCAGUGUAGAAACCGGACCAGGUGGCGCACCUCUGUAAUCUCAGCACUGGGAGGUGGAAGCAGGAGAAUCAGGAGUUCUACACCAUUCUCAGCUACACAGAGAGUUCGAGGCCAGCCUGGGCUACAUGAGACCCUGUCUCAAAAGAAAAAAAUCUUUAUUUUCCUAAUCCGGGUUUAUACCAGUUGUUGGAUUGAAGGUCAGGCUGUUGUUUCUGAAAGCAGUUACAAAUAAUAACGAUAAUUCUUUUCAGCUUCUGUAUUAAUCUGCUCAGAGGGCUACAACAAAAGGCUAUAGUCUCCAUUGGCUAUAAACAGUAUAUAUAAUUCUCAUAAGCCAAGGCACCAGGCAGAUUUUGUGUCUAGUUAGGGAUGACUUUCUGGUUCACAGACAGGGCCUUCUUUAUUUUAUGUGCAUGUGUGUGUGAGUACGGGUGCAUUCAGGCCACGUCUGUUCUCUCUUCCCGACAUGCGGGUCCCAGGAAGCUUAUGGCAUCAGGCUUAGUGGCAGGAGCCAUCUUGCUUGCUUGUAUCCACAUGUGGAUGGAGGAGCAAGCUGGCACGCCUUCCUUUGCCUGAUCCUAGUGAGGCUUUGCUCUUCUUUGU